CGGGCGCAGCGCAGGCGCGGGCGGCGGGGGCGGGGCGCGGAGGCUGAGGUGGGCGCCGGGCGGUGGUGCAGAGCUACUGGAGCGCCCGGCGGCUCCGGGUGGCGGUGGCGGCGCAGACGAAGAAGGCGGCCCCGGCCCCGGCCCGUCCCGCGCCCCCACGGCCCCGCGUCCCCAAGCGCCCCCGGCCCCGGGCCCGUCCGCCGCCGCCAUGGCCCGGCCGCUGGUGCCCAGCUCGCAGAAGGCGCUACUUCUGGAGCUCAAGGGGCUGCAGGAGGAGCCGGUGGAGGGCUUCCGGGUGACCCUGGUGGACGAGGGCGACCUGUACAACUGGGAGGUGGCCAUCUUCGGGCCCCCCAACACCUACUACGAGGGCGGCUACUUCAAGGCGCGCCUCAAGUUCCCCAUUGACUACCCCUACUCUCCGCCGGCCUUUCGCUUCCUGACCAAGAUGUGGCACCCCAACAUCUACGAGACUGGGGACGUGUGCAUCUCCAUCCUCCACCCCCCCGUCGAUGACCCCCAGAGCGGGGAGCUGCCCUCGGAGCGGUGGAACCCCACGCAGAACGUCAGGACCAUCCUCCUGAGCGUCAUCUCCCUCCUCAACGAACCCAACACCUUCUCACCGGCCAACGUGGACGCUUCCGUGAUGUACAGGAAGUGGAAAGAAAGCAAAGGCAAGGACCGCGAAUACACGGACAUUAUCCGGAAGCAGGUCCUGGGGACCAAGGUGGACGCGGAGCGGGAUGGCGUGAAGGUGCCCACCACGCUGGCUGAGUACUGCGUGAAGACCAAGGCCCCAGCGCCCGACGAGGGCUCAGACCUCUUCUACGACGACUACUACGAGGACGCCGAGGUCGAGGCCGAGGCCGACAGCUGCUUCGGGGACGACGAGGAUGACUCGGGCACCGAGGAGUGCUGACACCGCGUCUCCGCAAAUAAACUUACAGAUUUUACCUCAGCCGCCCACUCUCUGCCGCCGCCACUACCUCCGGACACUGCGUCCGCCCUGUCCCCUCCGCCUCCGGGGAGGCCGCUGCGCUCGCGGCCCCGCGUGGGCCGGACGCCGCUUGGGGACCCUGGCCCACCUGCCCCACCCACCAGCUGGAGCCAGAGACUCGGGGUCCCGGCUUGAGAGCGGACAGAUUGACUCGGGGUCACCUCUUCUCUCUGCUUGCGGUUGUUUGGAAUCUAAAUAAAGCGACUUUAUGAGAA